GGUGGCGGCGGGAAGAUGGAGGCGGUGGCGCUGGGCGCGGGGCUGGGGCUGCUCCUCGCGCUGCUGCUGCUGGCGGCCGCCCUGCGCCGCGCCGCCCCGCGGGGAUCGCCCGCCGCCCCGACGCGGGAUGAGGGCGCCGGGGCGAACGGCCCCUCCGCCGCCAGGCUCGAGGGCCCCCGGAGGACGAAGCCGCCGGUUCGGGCGCGCAAGGAGAAGCCGGGACAGCACAGCUUCACGCACCGCCUGCUGGCCGCCGCCCUCAAGGGCCACAGCGGUUCCGUGAGCUGCCUGCACUUCAGCGGCGGCGGCAAGUACCUGGCGUCCUGCGCCGACGAUCGCACCGUGCGGCUCUGGAGCACCCGCGACUUCACGGCGCGCGAGCACCGCUGCCUGCGGGCCAACGUGGAGCUGGACCACGCCGAGCUCGUCCGCUUCAGCCCCGACUGCAGGGCGAUCAUUGUCUGGCUGGCAAAUGGAGAGACAAUUCGUGUCUAUAAAAUGACAAAGAAGGACGACGGCAACUUCACCUUCACUGCUUCUUCUGAGGACUUCCCAAAGAAGCACAAAGCUCCUGUCAUUAACAUAGGAGUUGCAGAAACAGGAAAGUUUAUCAUGACAGCUUCCAGUGACACCACCAUCCUGAUCUGGAACCCGAAGGGUGAAGUCCUUGCCAGCAUUAACACUAACCAGAUGAACAAUGCCUAUGCUGCUGUGUCACCCUGUGGGAGGUUUGUAGCAUCAUGUGGCUUUACUCCUGAUGUAAAGGUUUGGGAAGUGUGUUUUGGCAAGAGCGGAGACUUCCGGGAAGUGACCAGGGCUUUUGAGCUGAAAGGCCACACUGCUGGUGUAUAUUCCUUCUCCUUCUCUAAUGACUCGAGGCGGAUGGCAACUGUUUCCAAGGACGGGACGUGGAAAUUCUGGGACACAGACGUGGAAUACAAGAAGCAGCAGGACCCGUACCUGCUGCUGACCGGGAGGUGCGAGGUGUCAGAGCCGUGCCGCAUCGCGCUGUCCCCCGACGCUCGCGUGGUGGCCAUCUCCUGCGGCACGACCAUCGCCGUGUACAACACGCGCCGAGGGGAGGAGGAGGAGCGCUUUGUCGGCGUUCACGGACAGCACAUAGCAGACUUGGCUUUUGACACCACCGGCCGCUUCCUGGCGUCGUGCGGCGACCGGGCCAUCCGCGUGUUCCACAACACCCCCGGCUUCCGCGCCGUGGUGGAGGAGAUGGAGACCAUGCUGAGGAAAACCACCACCAAAGCCACCCGGGAGCGGCUGGAGCAGCAGAUCGCCGGUGCCAGGAAAGCGCUGGCUGCCAUCUGCGGCAGGAAGCAAUAGCGGCUCCGGGCGGGAGCGGCGCGCUGGGUUUGACCGAUAAAACAGCGAACAGAUUGCAAUAAAAGAGCGCUCGCGGCU